AUGCUCUUCCGGAAGCGCAUCAACUACGUGGCCCCGAUGCUCGCGUCCGCCGCCAUCCUGCUCCUCCUCCUCUCGGGCUACUUCGAGCUCCCGUCCAUCUCCUCCACCUCGCUCUCCACCCCGGCGCCGCUCCUCGCGGCGCGCUUCCCCACCGCGCUCGACUCCGUCGGCUCCCGCGACCGGGACCCCUUCACCUCCCUCCUAGAGGCCUUCGCCUCCUGGGACGCCGCCGUCGGCUGCCCCCGCAUCCGCGCCAAGCUCGCCGCCGCCGCCGGGCUGGGGCUGGGCCUGCCGCCGCCGGGCGCCGGCGCUAACGACACCGCGGUGGACCCUGCGGCGGCGGCCGUCACCGGCGGCGCCGCGUGGCGGGGGGUGACCGCCGGUAGGUGCGAGGACCUGGCGUCGCGCCACGUCGGCGUGCUCGUCAAGGGGUGGACGUGGGUCCCCGACGCGCUCGACGGCGUCUACACCUGCCGGUGCGGGGUCAGCUGCGUCUGGAGCAAGUCUGCCGCCGCCGUCGAUCGCCCCGAUGCGCUGCUCUUUGAGGGCGCCACGCCGCCGCCGCAGAGAAUGAAAGGUCUGCCUCUUCGUGUUUAUCUGGAUCUGGAGGCUAGUAGGAAGCCAACUGGUUUUGAGGACAUUUUUAUUGGUUACCAUGCCAAUGAUGACUUGCAAGUAACAUAUGCUGGAAAAUCAUUUCACACCAGCCGUAGUUACCAUAUAUCAACUGAAAAGAGAAAUGAUGCACUUAUUUACUGGUCAUCUUCAAGGUGUCUUCCUCAUAGAGAUAAGCUUGCAAAAGACUUCCUCUCAUUGGUGCCUCACCAUUCCUUUGGAAGAUGUUUGAACAAUGUUGGUGGUCCUGACAUGGCAUUAUCCAUGUAUCCAGUUUGUUCCACCAAUGAUAAUGGCACACCACACUGGUGGGAUCACCUGCACUGUGCGAUGUCACAUUACAAGUUUGUUCUUGCAAUUGAGAACACCAAGACCGAAAGUUAUGUGACCGAGAAGUUGUUCUAUGCUUUGGAGGCUGGGUCAGUGCCAAUAUACUUUGGGGCACCCAAUGUUUGGGAUUUUGUUCCUCCUAAUUCUAUCAUAGAUGCCUCCAAAUUCAGCUCACUCAAAGAACUGGCAUCAUAUGUGAAAAUGCUGGCAAAUGACCCUGUAGCCUAUGCUGAAUACCAUGCCUGGAGGCGUUGUGGUAUAUUGGGCAACUUUGGCAGGGCACGUGAGAUGAGCCUCGACACACUGCCUUGUCGACUCUGUGAAGUAGUUAGCAAGAGAGGUGGUGAUUUUGUAUGGCUUAUAUACCUUGAUCUGGACAUAAUAGAUGUAAAUGCCGUAAUGGUUGUUGCUGCUGGAGUGCUGCUUCCAUCCUCUUGCCGCAGUGUUUCACUCAAGGGAUCAGAAAAGGCGGAGGCAUCUCUACCAGCUACUACACACAAAAAAUUUCUACAGAAGGAACACGAUAUGCACGAGAUGGUUGGAGAAGUGGCCAAAGAAAGCAACUUUUCUAAGGCUUGCUGGCGAAGGAGAUUGGAAUCAUCAAUUUCAGGCUGUUGCUUUACUCAGGAUUUCUCCAUUUCUAUAUAUAGAAGCACUGGUUUAAGAAGAAAAUGGAGGGGAUCAUCUGCCAAGGCGACAUCAGAUUCUUCUGUCUCUAGAAGCUCUGAUGAAAUGAAUGAUGCAAACAGUGAUGGAUGUCAUCUUUGUUGCUUGGAUGGCAAUUUGUUAUGCUGUGAUGGUUGUCCAGCUGCAUUUCAUUUGAAAUGUGUGGGGUUGGUGGAGGAUCUUUUGCCUGAAGAUGGGUUGAAUUCCAUGAAGUGGGAAUGGAACACAUCUUCCAUAUGGGAUGUGAGUGCCAUGGUUUUUUGGAAAGGCAACGGAACCAAAAUGGAAGCGGUUGCGUACGGCGACCAAACCAUGAGGUUCGACCAUUUGGUUCGUGUAGGAGAAUGUUAUGACUUCAUGAGAGUUGGCUUCACGCCUACUCAUGUUGGUCCUUUAGGCUACAUCUUCUGUUUAUGUGCCGACUACUUUGUGGUUCUAUCUCCACAAAGUAUAGCUAAUGCACCACCGAGAGAGCUAUGGAUUUGUCAGUGUCCUCGUACCUUUAUGGAAUUCGAGGAUGUAUACGCUCAAGCUGAGUACUUUUUUAUAGAUGUCAUUGGUAUAGUUGUGCAUGUGUCUAAUAUUCGAGGAAGGGAUGACGUGUGGAUGCGACCGUACAGAUAUGUGGUGCUGAUGAAUGAAAGGUACUUAGAUUGA